GCAGUGCAUCCUGGGUCGGUGUAGCCAUGGCGGCUCGUGUCCUUUGCGCCUGUGUCCGCCGACUGCCCGCGGCCUUCGCGCCGCUGCCUCGUGUCCCCACGCUGGCCGCCGCCCGGCCCCUCAGCACCGCCCUGUGCCCCGUCGGGGCCCGGACGAGGCCCGGGGCGCCGCAGCCCGCCGCGGUGCUCGCGCAGGUUGCGAGCAGAGCUACACAGCUGUGCCGCCAGUACAGCGACGCGCCCCCUCUGACGUUAGAGGGAAUCAAGGACCGUGUUCUGUAUGUCUUGAAGCUCUACGACAAAAUUGACCCAGAAAAGCUCUCGGUAAAUUCCCAUUUUAUGAAAGACCUGGGCUUAGACAGUUUGGACCAAGUGGAAAUUAUCAUGGCCAUGGAGGACGAAUUUGGGUUUGAAAUUCCUGAUAUAGAUGCCGAAAAGUUAAUGUGUCCACAAGAAAUCGUAGAUUACAUAGCAGAUAAAAAGGAUGUAUAUGAAUAAGAUAGCAGGCCCCCUUUCUCCACUGAGAGAAGAUUCAGAAGAUGCUGGCAAGUGUCUGCAAGUGAGAACACAUUUGGCAUCAUCGCUGACUUUGACAGAGUAAUUCUGUUUUGACUUGUAUUUAAAUUGUCUAAGUGUUUUUUCCCUUUGAAAAUAAAUCUAUAAAACCAAGAUUUUUCUCUGUCUUCAGUUGUUCAGUGAUGU